AACUUGCAUGUUGGGUCUCACACUGCACACAGCAUUACCGUCUUAUCCACGCCCUGCUACUCGCCCCAGACCCUCCUCCCGCUCGACCCACCUGCCUUCACCCUCCCGACACCCAGACCCUCGAAACGCGCCUGGCGCACCCAGCCAACCGUCUCUCUCGCGUCCUAUCCUCUCCCUGAUGGCACAUGGCGCUGGGUCUCACACGCCUGGAUGAUUGACAUGCGCGGUGACGGGCUCGUCCAGCACGACGGCUUCGAGUACGCGUGGUCGUUUCGCUCCGGCCGCUGGCAUCCCAAGAUCGGCACCCUCAGCGCUGGGGCAUGGGUGCGCCGGCGGCGGUGGGUACGCUUGAUGGUGCGCGUGCGGAUGCAGGACGCGCAGCCUGACGCGGAGCGGGCUGAUCGGGAGGGCGAGGCAGAGGGCGAGGUGGAGGGAGAGCUCCUUGCGCUAGAUCUGGUGCAGGAUGCACCUGGCGCAACGCGCCCGCCAUCGGUAGCGGAGAGUGAGGAAAGCGAGGACGAGAAGGCGGAAGCGGAGGUGUGGAUAGGCGAUGACGGUGAUUGGGAGAGGUGUCGAACGGUGCUCAAGAAGAUAGGGAGGGACGGGAGGAAACUGGAGUUGUGGAAACGGUGGUUUGGAUUUGGGUUUCACUCUGAGAAGGACGAGGAUGAUGAGGAGAAAGAGGGGGCAGAUGAAGAAGAGGGCAAGGGUGAAGUUAAAGCAGACGAACACGAAGUGUCUUCGUCAUCUUCUUUGGAGAGGGAACUCGAAGAAGAUGUGGGCGUGCGCCCUAUUCACCCUCCAAGAGACUAUAUUGCGAGGGUCAUCCGAGAUCACGGCUCCGAGAUCCUUGGCACGUUCGUGUUCCCAGACUCACGCGCGCAAUUUCUCGAGAUCCUCGACGCCGCCAAUCUUCUUGGUGAGUUCAAAACUGGGAUGGGUAUAUCAGAUCAUGCGCAGGCAUUCGAUUUCUGGAGCUACGCGCCGACUUCGCCCACGGCACCGAGUUCAAGCUCCCUUGCUGUUGAACAGUCCACUGUGGCGCCCCUUGGUGCCGGUGAAUAA